ACCAAAAAGAGAAACCAAAAGAAAGAAGAAAUUGAGUCGCGGAGCAGUUGCUGGUGCUACAGUACUACGAGAAGAAGGCUAUUUUGACAGGGCCAGUACAGUUUGCUCUCUUUUUUUCUCUUUUUGCUCCUUGGGAUGAAGUAGCCUUUCUUUUCUUUUCCCCUAUUUAACUCCUUUUAACGAAUGCUGGACUUGGCUUUGAUAGUGAAUGGCCAUGUAUUUACAUACAUUCUAAGCUAAGAAUAAAUUGAUUACAACAUUAGCAAGAUGAGCAGGUGCACCGCGCGUGAAAACAAGACCUGGACCAAAUUAGUAGCUCCAGGGGCACCCGUGUAGCGACCUAUUCAAUAGAGGCCGCAAAAUGUGAAAUGACUACCUAUAUUCCGUCUAAUCCAAAGACACUCUUCGUGUUACUAGCAGCAGCACUACUGCCUAUUAGUAGCAAUACCCAGUACCUUAGUAUAUAUUAGCAGUAAGCCAAGCCAAGCGCAGCAGAGCCGAUUGAGCUUCCGCUUCGGCGUUAAUGCCCGUAUGCGCAAGCCGCUCCGUCCUGAUGUCCUGCCAAAUUGAGGUAGUUUUUUCUUUCCUUUUAGUUUUUUUUUUUUUUUUUUACUCACACCCCGAGGGAACCAUAGAAUGGCCUCCUGGGCCUCUCUUACGGUCACAGGUAUGCUAAGCACAGAGACGAGGAAAUUACUGGGCCGCGGUAAGGCCAAACUGAGGCAUUUACCAAGACAGGGGCAAGAUGCCGGGAAGCGUCUAGCCCACGCAUAUGACCGCAUCUAUAGAGAGAGCAAGGGCUUGGAGUAAACGAUCGCUUGUCGCGGGUCCGCUUCCGCGCGUUUGUAUGGCGCCGUGGGCCAUGAAUCCUUCGCCGUUCGCCGACGCCCAGUUCUUGUCGUACUGUAGGCUAUAGGACGAGAGCGACGACAAAAUAGGAGAGGGGCUCCCCGCUUCUGUUUACGGAGCGGCGGCAUUCGGUCAAAACUGGGAAAGCUGAACAUCCGGGGCACAGCAGAGAGCCUGUUUUGAUUAGAAUAAAUGAAGGGCACACCAUUUCUGCUGUGAUGGAUGGGGAGGAUGAGAGGGGUUGCGAAACCAUCUCGAACAGCUCGCUUAUUCCAGAUUUUCAGGGAUCUCACCCCAGAUACACCGAGCAGCAAGGUGUCGCCGCAUAUAGGAGCAUUCACGGAGGAAUAUCGCUGG